GAUCCAUUUUUCAUUUCAGCUCAAAUACUUUGCUGCCUCCUCUGCAGCCGCCAGACCUGCUCCAGCUACUGCUCAGAGAAAGACUGCCAAGAUGAUGAGCUCAAGCUAUUGGAAUGAAACCAGCAGCAGCUGUGGGACCCAACAGUCCCCCGAAGUGCUACAGUACCAGCCCCAGCAUUACCAUUGCCACCAUCAGUCAAGUCAGGUCCAACAGCCUCUAGAAAAAAAUGUAGUCUAUGAACGAGUGAGGACCUACAGUGGGCCCAUGAACAAGGUAGUUCAAGCCUUGGACCCCAUUGGCUCACGGGAAGUGAUCUCCCCUCUCAAAACUGCCUCCUCCUACCAAAACUUGGUUUGGAGCAACCAUUCUCAGGAACUCCAUUCUCCAACUCUGAAAAUAUCAACUUGUGUGCCAAAUAAUUUACAUAUAACCCAAAGUACUGAACAGGAACUCCAUUCUCCAACAGUGAAAGUCAUUACAUAUCCACAAACCAAUAUUAGGAGAUACAUAGUACAAAAUCCUGAGCAGGAACCAUUGUCUCCAUUCAUGAGAGGAAACCAUUUCUUCCCAGGAAACAAUGUUAUUUAUGAAAAAACAAUAAGAAAAGUGGAAAAGCUAAACACAGAUCAAGAAUGCUAUCCUCAGGUUCAAUGUCAUCAUCACAUUGUCCAACAGCCCCCGAUCACCCACUCCCCACACUGUCAACAAUUCCAUUCUAGCCAACAAAUCAAAAGUAUUACAGAAAGUGAUGCAACUUCUACAAGCCUUGGAAAUGAACUUUGCCAUGGUGGGUCAAGCCAGAUACAUGAGCAGGUUAUAAUUCAGGAUGAUGGCCCUGAAAAGUUGGAUCCCAAGUAUUUCGGAGAGUUGCUUGCUGACCUAUGUCGUAAGAAUACUGAUCUAUAUCACUGCUUAUUAGAACAUUUGCAGAGAAUUGGAGGAAGCAAACAAGACUUUGAGUCUACUGACACAUCAGAAGACAUUGAGUCAUUGAUUCCUAAAGGAUUGUCAGAGUUCACAAAACAGCAAAUUCGCUAUAUUCUACAGAUGAGGGAUAUGUCUGAUAAAUCACUCCGGUUAAUACUAUCCACAUUCAGUAACAUAAGAGAGGAGCUAGGACAUCUUCAAAAUGACUUGACGUCACUGGAAAAUGACAAGAUAAGGCUUGAGAAGGACUUGGCAUUCAAAGAAUCUCAAAUAAAAGAGUAUGAAGAACUCUUGGCAUCAGUGAGAGCAAAUAAUCGCCAGCAGCAACAAGGACUUCAAGACUCAAGCUCAAAAUGCCAGGCAUUGGAAGAAAAUAAUCUUUCUCUUCGACAUACACUAUCAGAUCUGGAGUACAGAUUAAAAGAACUGGAGUAUUGUAAAUGUAAUUUAGAAAAAGAGAAUAAAAAUCUUAGAUUACAGGUUUCUGAGACUUGCACAGGUCCAAUGUUGCAGGCUAAAAUGGAUGAAAUUGGCAACCAUUACACGGAGAUGGUAAAAAACCUGAGCCAAGAGAAAGACAGAGAGAUCUGCAAGCUAAGAUCCCAGUUAAACCAGUACCAAAAAGAUGUUUCAAGAAGAGAAGGAAGCUGUAAUGACUUCCAGUUCAAGCUUCAUGAACUGACAAGCUUGCUGGAAGAGAAGGAUUCCCUCAUAAAGCGUCAGUCAGAGGAACUCUCAAAGUUGAGACAAGAAAUAUACUCAUCUCAUAACCAACCCUCCAGUGGUGGAAGGACUACUAUUACCACUAAAAAGUACAGGACACAGUAUCCAAUCCUAGGCCUCCUGUAUGAUGACUAUGAAUAUAUACCACCAGGUAGUGACACACAGACAAUUGUGAUUGAGAAAACAGAAGACAAAUGGACUUGUCCAUGAAUGAAUCCACU